AUGGAGACUUUCAUAUUCCUUCCCUUUAUGUUCUUGGCCAUGUUCUCAGUGUCUUCAACCCAGGCUUGGAGAACAAAUGUUUUCAAAAUACAAAAGGGUCCAGAAUCUGCACUUACUCUAGAGAGAAAAAAUGAAGCUAACCAUCAGGGAGGACAAAAAGAAGCUAAUAAUCAAGGAGGUAGCAACACACAUGAAAACACAGGGAUAUUUGGUCCGCAAGGACGACCAGGGUAUUCUAACCAGCCAGGGAAAAUGGGGAACUUUAAUCAGCAAGGGAGGCCAGGAACUUUCAACCAGCCUGGGAGUCUGCAAGGGAAUUCAGGACACUCUAUCCAAAGUGGGAAUCUAGGAUCUUCUAGCCAGCAAGGAAUGCCAGGAUCAUCUAGCCAAAAAGGAGAACCAGGAUCUUCCAGCCAACAGGGAAAACCAGGAUGUCCCAGCCAACAAGGAAAAGCAGGGUGUUCUAACCAACAUGGAAAACCAGGAUCUCCUAGCCAACAGGGAAAACCAGGAUCUUCCAGCCAACAGGAAAAACCGGGAUCUUCCAGCCAACAGGGAAAACCGGAAUCUUCCAGCCAGCAGGGAAAACCGGGAUCUUCCAGCCAACAGGGAAAACCGGGAUCUUCCAGCCAACAGGGAAAUCCGGGAUCUUCCAGCCAACAGGGAAAACCAAAGUCUUUUUACAAUCAAGAUAACAGAAAAAAUGUAGCCAACCCUUCGAAUGGCAAUACAAAGGAGAUUCAGACUGGCCCAACCAGCAGUAAGAGCCCAGGUGGAAAUUCAAAAUGCCAGUCUAUCUACAAACCCGUCUGUGGUUCUGAUGGAAAAACCUAUGGUAACAGCUGUGUAUUUAAUGAAGCAAAACGGUAA